AUGAAGUUAAUCCUCUCUACCUCGAAUAUAAUGACCUCUGGCGGUCCCUCCGUCAUCCGCCAACCAUCAACGUUCAAAUCAAACGUCGAACUGAUCAAUUCCCUCCGCGCAAACUUCCAAACCGCGCAACAAUCCACCGCGGCCACAAGCAACGGAACUUCAACCGAACGCUACGCAUCAUGGACAAGAAAGAAUGACGACGCACUAUACAUCCCCGCCGUGGACUUCUCGCAGCGCGGCCUCGCCGAGGAACGCUCCCAGUACGACAUCACCGUCAAACUAUUCUACCUCCCCGGCAUCCCCGUGUCACGCCGAUGCGCGCACACGAAACAGGCGAUCGAUCUUGUGCUGAAGGAGCUGCAUGUCGACUCGAUCGAUCUGCUGAUCGUUUCGUUCCCUGGGAUUCUCUUCGACGCGGAAGAUGAUAGCGAGGAAGAGGAAGUCAGUUCCGUUGAUGACGGGAGCGAGGAGCAGUCCGACGACUUUGAUAGCCUGGUGCAGACAUGGCGCAGUCUAGAGAGUCUCUACGAUCAGGGGAAGAUCUCGCAGCUGGGCGUUGCGGAGUUCGGCAGUGAGCGGUUGGCGAGGUUUCUGGAGCACACGCGGGUCAAGCCAUCUGUGGACCAGAUUAAUUUGAAGGACUGCUGUGUUGUCCCGAAGACCCUGAUUUUGUAUGCGAAGCAGGAGAAGAUUGAUUUGCUGACGCAUAACGAUUGCAAUGAUAUCCUGCCUGUUGGGACGACGAGAGAGCUGCUGGGCCCUGGCGAACGUGGGGCGGGGAUUCUGGCAUCGACGCCGGAUGCGCAGGAUGGUGUGCAGGGGCAUAUUGAGACGCAGUGGGUGGUGAAGUAUACCGCUGUGGUGAAAGACCGGGGUGUUGUCGAGAACAAGGGUUAUUUUGCCCUUGCGGAUGUGGGGAGCUGUGUUGAACCCGGACUUUGA